AUGUCACCUGCCGGGGUGGUGCUGAAAAUUACUGGGACUCCCCCAUCCUGUCCAGACCGUAAGAUUCACUGGAAGGUGAAUGCCACUGGAUCGAACCCUCCUUCACAGCCCUACGUCGUCGUCUCCAACCACCAGAGCUCCCUCGACCUGCUUGGGCUGAUGGAGGUGCUGCCAGGCCGCUGUGUGCCCAUUGCCAAGCGGGAGCUGCUGUGGGCCGGCUCUGCUGGGCUGGCCUGCUGGCUGGCGGGAGUCAUCUUCAUUGACCGGAAGCGCACUGGGGAUGCCAUCAGUGUCAUGUCUGAGGUCGCCCAGACCCUGCUUACACAGGACGUACGGGUCUGGGUUUUUCCCGAGGGCACAAGAAAUCACAACGGCUCCAUGCUGCCCUUCAAACGUGGCGCCUUCCACCUCGCAGUGCAGGCCCAGGUUCCCAUCGUGCCCAUCAUCAUGUCCUCCUACCAAGACUUCUACUGCAAGAAGGAGCGCCGCUUCACUUCGGGGCGAUGUCAGGUCCGGGUGCUGCCCCCAGUGCCCACAGAAGGGCUGACACCAGAUGACGUCCCAGCUCUGGCCGACAGAGUCCGGCACUCCAUGCUCACUGUUUUCCGGGAAAUCUCCACUGAUGGCAGGGGUGGUGGUGACUGUCUGAAGAAGCCCGGAGGGGUGGGCGAGACCCGGCUCUGAGCUCCCUUCCCAUCUUCCCUCCCCACCCCCCCCCGCCCA